AUGGCCUCCCAGUUCUUGGAUUACGCCGCCUACGACAUUGAGGUCACUUGCGUAGUCAGAGCCUCCGAUCUCGUCGCAAAAACGGCCACCAUCAGCCAAUCUUGGCCCUUUCCUGACCCCAUUUUACUCGACAUCUCUGAUUUGAACGAGGUCACCCCUCCCGUUACUCACCUUCCUCUUCUCCCACCGACUAACAUCUUUCAGGAAACUCGCUCCAUCUUUGUCGAAAACAGACAUGUCCAUCUCAAAGGCUAUAUCCUCGGCAACGGCAUCGUCAACGUCACCGAGGCUAGCGUUUUGAACGGCCCAUUUCGUAGAGGCUCUCUCACCAACCCGCUCACCGGAGCGGUACAAGAGCUCGAAGUCAGGCUCGCAAGAAGAACAAUCUGGCCACCCGACACCAGCACUCCGGAGCAGAGUGAAGACGAUGUGGGGUCCUCCGACGGCGAAGGCACUGACGAGGAGCACGUGGUCUCCGACUCCCUCUCCGACCCAGACUGGGAGAUGGAAGAGGGGUCAGAUGAGGAAGACGAAGAGGACUAA